AUGGCAAAACAAGAUGCAUCAUCCAGCAUCAACUCUGCUGUCUCGCCGGCCUCUGGCGCUUCGACUUCCAAUCCCGAACUCGUGGACAGCAAGAAUCAAAUCAUCCUCUCAUCAGAAGCCUAUUCUCAAGAGAGCCCAAAGAAAUUAUCGCUAUGGAGAAGGUUCCUGGGAUUGUUCUGGGAUUCCUACGUGGCUGACCCACGUGAGCGGAAGUAUAUCCAAAAAGUAGACCUUCAUUUAUUUGUGUAUAUCAUGUUUGGUUACUUCAUCAAGUAUCUCGACCAGACGAAUUAUAGCAACGCAUUUGUUAGUGGAAUGCAAAAAGACCUGAAUCUAUAUGGAAAUGAAAGAAAUUACCUUGUGACUUUCUUCAAUAUUGGUAUUAUUAUCGGUACUGUUCCAGCCCAGAUGGUACAAAUGAAAUACGUCAGACCAUCAAUCUGGAUUCCCUCUUGCGAGCUAGCUUGGUCCUUCUUCGUCAUGGCAAUGGCAGGUGCAAAGGACGUCAAAACGCUCUACGCAUUACGAUUCUGCGUAGGGUUUCUGGAGUCCUGCUCUUUUCCCGGCUACGCCACUCUUUUAGGGAGUUGGUUCGGCCCAACACAAAUAGGAAAACGGAUGGCUCUCUUUGAGAACGCACAGGGAAUUGCAAGUAUGUUCAGCGGAUAUCUACAGGCGGCUCUGUAUAAGGGCUUGAAUAACGCUGGGGGUUUGGUCGGAUGGAGGUGGUUGUUUAUCUUCGAUGCUAUUAUUAGCAUUCCUAUUGCACUCUGGGGCUUUUAUGCGAUUCCGGAUUUACCUAGCAAUACGCGUGCGCGGUGGUUGACUGAAGAUGAUCGAAAAUAUGGGCUUGAGAGAAUGGAAUCGUUUGGAAGAGCAGCUCCGACUGGACUUACACUCAAAGCUAUUCGAAGAGUCUAUUUCGAUUGGCAUAUAUGGGUUUUUAUCUUCCCAUACUUGACUGUUGCAAUGAUGAACUAUGGAAACUCAUUUUUCAAUCUCUGGCUAAAAGCUGAAGGUUACAGCGUGGUCAACAUCAAUACCAUUCCAACUGCUGGCGCAGCUCUCAGUAUCGUUGCUGCGUUGGCGUCGGGAAUCUUUGCUGACAGAACUGGGAAACGGAAGACAACUGUGUCAAUCCUGAUCAUUACUGUCGCCGUUGGGAAUAUACUUCUGAGUGUGUGGCAUCUACCCAAAGGGGUUCUGAUGUUCUCAAACUUCCUUCUGUUUGUCGGGACCGCUGCUCAACCUAUCGUCAUCUCUUGGGGCCAAGAAUUCGCUCAGCAUGAUGCAGAACUACGACAGCUCCUCGUAGCAACAGGGAACAUAUUUACCUACUCAUUCAACGCAUUCUUACCAGUAAUUCUCUUCCCGACUUAUGAUGCCCCGCACUACAAAUUCGGCUAUCAGUCUGAGAUUAUCUUUGGAGGAUUGGCAUUUGCUAGCGUUUUCUUGCUAGAUUUCUUGGCUAAGAGAGAGCUGUUCGUACCUAUUUUCCCCUUCCACAGGUCUCAUAAAGAAUCUCGAGUCACUUCGUCCGGUUUGGUCGUUCUUGUUACGGAUACAAAUGAGGAGAGCAGCGAUCAUACUUCACCGAGGGAAACAGUGGCGACUGUGUAG